AUGCACCACACGUUGAAGAUCUAUAAAUGUCUUGACAGGACAUCAAAGCUUUCAUCGCCAUUCGCCGGCGAAAUGUCGAACGCCGACGAAGUAACGGUAGUCAUAGUUCCCUUCCCAGCCCACGGCCACCUCAACCAACUCCUUCACUUAUCCCUCCUCCUCUCCACACGCUACGGCCUGACCGUCCACUUUGCCUCCACCGCCUCUCACAAUCGCCAAGCCAAACUCCGCCUCCAAGGCUGGCCCCUAUCCUCCCUCUCCUCCAUCCAUUUCCACGACCUCCCGCUUCCCCCCAUCCCUUCCCCACCACCCAAUCCCCACUCCCCCAACUCCUUCCCCACCCACCUCCAACCGCUCUUCGAAGCCACCGACCUCAUCUGCUCCGCCCUCUCCUCUCUCUUUCUCUCCCUCUCUGCCUCCUCCCGCCGCCUCGUCGUAAUCCACGACCACAUCAUCUCAUUAGAUGGCUUUGAAGCCACUGCGAUCCCUAACGGUGAGUCCUACGCCUUCCGUGGUCCUUCCGCGGCUUUCCACUUCGAAGCAGCGCAACUGAUGAAGCAAGGAGCCGGCUUGGAAGAGUUAUCGUCGCCGGAGUUCAUAAGGUUUAUCGAGCGGAGGAGAAGAGAUGUGGUCACGAGCUCCGGCUUUAUCAUGAACACAUGUCGGGAGGUGGAGAGCGAGUUUCUCGAUAUUCUUACCCUGCAGGAGGAUUUUCUCGGCAAGCCAAUAUUCGCCAUCGGGCCGCUCAAUCCUAUGCAUAACAACACAGAUAUCAAUCGCGACGAGUGCUUGGAGUGGCUGGACGGGCACCCGCCUUGUUCCGUCGUAUACGUAUCCUUUGGCACCAUGUCAACAAUUUCCGACGAGCAAGCGGAGCAGCUGGCCUAUGGGCUUCGUCGAAGCGGGCACCGCUUUCUUUGGGUCCUACGGGAUGCCGACCGGGCUGACAUCUUCGCCUUCGAGAGCAGUUACCGGCGGCUGCCGGCCGGUUUCGAGAAGGCGGUGGAGGGGGUGGGAAAGGUGGUGAGGGGAUGGGUGCCGCAGCUGGACGUAUUGGCCCAUCGGGCCACGGGCGGGUUCAUGAGCCAUUGCGGGUGGAACUCGUGCAUGGAGGCGGUGAGCUGCGGGGUGCCCGUGAUGGCCUGGCCUAUGCAUUCGGACCAGCCAGCCAACGCGAGGCUGCUGGCGGAGGGGUUGAAGGUUGGGGUGGUGGUGAGAGGGUGGGAUCGCCGGCGGGAGGUGGUUCCGGCUGAAAGGGUGGAGGAGGUGGUGAGGAUUGUGCUGGAAGGGGAGGAAGGAAGGAGGAUGAGGGAGAAAGCUAGGGAGAUGGGUGAGACGGUGAGGGCGGCGCAAAAGGAUGGAGGGUCAUCGAAGAAGGCGUUGGAUGUGUUAGUUGCUCAUUGGAGAAGAUAG